CUGAUAUAACACUGCCUGAGACUGUACGUGGACUGCGGCCAACUAUUACAGGCGGUCUGUUGGAUGGUGUCUACGAAGCACAGUCGGUGCAUUUUCAUUGGGGUGCGCCAGGUGAUAUUAGGGGUUCGGAACACACCGUAAAUGGUUACCGUUACGAUGUGGAAAUUCACAUUGUGCAUAAAAAUAUGAAAUAUGGCAACGCAGAGGAAGCAAUGCAGUAUCCAGACGGUUUGGCGGUGUUGGCCAUUAUGAUUGAUAUUGUGGACAAUCCACAAACGUAUUACCCAGGGCUGAAUAUAGUUUUAAAUGCAUUAUCCAGAGUGCAGGAGGCCGAUACGAAUACAACUAUAAUUAAUCAACUCGUCUUGAAUGACUUUUUGGGCGAUGUUUAUUCCAGAAACUUUUUUGCCUACAGAGGUUCACUUACCACACCACCCUAUUCGGAAGUGGUUACAUGGCACGUUUUUCCCAGCCCACUUUUUAUGUUGCCUGCAAUGAUCCAAAGAUUCUUCGAACUGAGACAGAGAAAUGGUGCACCGUUAUGGGACAACCAUCGCCCAUUGCAAGUGUUGAAUAGAGGUUCGGUUUAUCGAUGUAAAGGUACAUGGGCUGAAAAUUUCCGGGCCUCACACAUAGAUGGCGCUAGUUUUAUUGAAUUCGCCUAAUUUACUGACCUUCAAAAGAAAGCUGUUAAAAUUUUAUUACAUUUUUGAGUUAAGUUUGCGAGUUAUUGUGCUAAGAGUUAUUUUAAUUUUGUUAUUUUAAAAACAAUGUGUGAGAAACAA